AUGCCUCGAUAUGCGAAGUUCAUAAAGGAGAUUCUUAGCAACAAGAGGAAGUUUAAGGACUCAGCGUGCGUGAUGUUAAACGAGGAAUGUUCGGCAAUUUUCCUAAACAAGUUACCGGAAAAGCGACAUGAUCCAGGGAGUUUUACAAUUCCUUGUGUUAUAGGUAAAUUAUCUGUCAAUGAUGCCUUAGCUAAUUUAGAGGCUGGAAUUAAUGUAAUGCCGUACAGUCUGUUUGUAAAAUUAGGGAUCGGAGAGACCAAACCCACUAGGAUGAGUAUACAAUUAGCUGAUAGAUCUGUUAAGUAUCAUAGGGGUAUUGUAGAGAAUGUGCUGGUAAAAGUAAAUAAAUUUAUAUUUCUUGUUGAUUUUGUGAUCUUAGACAUGGACAGUGAGAGUAGUGUACCCUUAAUUCUAGGAAGACCUUUUCUUGCAACAUCUAAGGCAAUGAUAGAUGUUUGUGAUGGAAAGAUAAAACUUAGGGUUGGAGAUAAGACUAUCAAUUUUGACUUGCAUAAUCCCAUAAGCCAGUCUUUAGAUCAUAAUAAUGUUGUGUAUGCUGUUAAUGUAAUUGACAAUGAUAUUGAGACACAGUUGCAGGAAGUGUUAGUUGAAGACCCUCUACAUGUCACUUUGCCAAAGGGAGAAAAGCAUGAGCUGUCAAAUGAGGAAGUGUUGGAGCAGCUUGAAUUUAUGUUAGCAAACAAGCGAAGCAGCAAUACUGAUGAGUUUAUUAUGAUUGACAGGAAAGGUGUGCAGAAGUUGAGGCCAUCACUUGAAGAACCGCUGGUUCUCUAUUUGAAAAAGCUUCCACAACGUCUUGACUAUGCGAAUAUGGAUGAGGAUAAAGGGCUGCCGGUCAUUCCAGCAGCAGAGUUGACAACCGAGGUGAGGGAAAGGACAUUGCCAACUCAAAGAAAGUACCUAAAAGCGGCUGCUUAG